CUCGGCCUGGGGACGAGGCUAGGGCUAGUGUGGUGCGAGACUGAGAAAUGGCUGCUCCUGAUGAGUUCAAGGUGUGUGUCGAAUCUCUCCACACCAACCAGAUUAGGGAGAUCAACUAUGAGGGAGAGGAGAUACUACAGGAGAAGACCACUGUGUCGCAGAAGUUGACGGAACUUGCUCAACGAGUGGAUUUCACCGAUUCUAUUGACAGGAAAGAAUUGGAACCUCCACCGAAAAAAAGUGCUCAAAAAUGGCCGUGGGAAUUGCCACAUUCAAAACUCAAACAAGCCCUCACUGAGAUUAGCGUACUCUCUGACGUCCUCCAAAUCAUCCAACACCACCGCCAGUAUAUAGCGCUUGAUCCAGUCCUCUCCAACCCCACAACCGCCCCCUCACCUGUACAACAGUACAUUGUUAAGAAAAAGUCACUGGAAAAAGCCGGUAAAAUUUUGCAGGCAGGGACAGCCACGCUCUCAAAGAGCUCUACUCGAGGAGAAGUGGAGUUCCACCAGGCCCUCUCCAAUAUGAGGAAGAGGUGGCGACUGAGACGAUUGCCCAGUGGUGUCAUAGUGGGAGACCUGGGCUAUCAUUCAGCUGGUUCGUACAAAAGACCUGUGUUCUUUGAGGUGCGUAAGAGAGAGGGUGGGGGUGUGGUCGAGGUGGUGGUCCCCCAGGAGCUGAGGGGGAAGAGUGAGAUUGCUGUGUUCUUGUCACCACAGCCUGUGGAAGAGCUUCCCGACCUGUCGUCCCUGUCACCCACCCACAUCGACCGUCACGCCCAUGAGCAGAGGAGGGGCCUACCAGAAUGGGAGGUGAAACUACUGGAGGCUCAGAACGUGCUCUUCAAUCAGGAGCUGUUCUCAAUAAUUGCUAAGGAGGCAUACAACCAAAAACCAACAGUGCAACACAAAGUGUCCUCAAACAAGAUCAAUGUUCUGCUGAGUCCCCAGUGCUGGUUGUCUGUUCUUCACGUCCACGAGUACGAUAAUGGCACCUCCCAACCCUCCCCCCUCCCACACACUCCACACUGGUCACUGGUGGUGGCUCUGAAGCAGCUACUCAGAGAAAAGCAACGCAAGGUGUCCACAUUGAGCAAGCCCCAACCUUCCACUGUUGGAUUCUCAGCCCAGACUAAGCUCAGCAGUGCUAGUGUGGUCCCCUGUAGGGAGGGAGACAUCAAAGGCAUUACCACUGAGAGUGGGGUUUUUAAACUGUUUUUGGACAAGGCACAACAUUCCUGCAAUGAGGAGCUUGUUCAUGGAUGGAUGUCUGAGCUGUGCUCUAGCUGUGAUGACCCUCUACUGAGGGUGACCUGGCUGCCUAGUCAAAGUCUCAUCAGAACAGAGUACACUCUCUCACUUGCCAGCCCCUCAGAACCAUCACAAAGAGGUGUUGUGAUAGUGACGCUGACGGUGGACAAAUUCACUUUGAAGAAACUUGAUGGCAAUGAGUUCCUAUACAACAUGGACAAGGAUCGCUUCAUGUGUGCCUUAAAGCAUCAGAUUCUGCUACACCAGGGCCAAGUGGCACGUUCAGUGGCUAGUGAUCUGAAGUGGGUGAUUCUACAGACAUUUGAUCGACCGCUCCUCUCUUCCUCUCUGCUCCAGACCAGCCACGACUAUCUGAUGGCCUGCAGUCUCUCUCUACAGUCACCAGACGCUCACAAGAAGCUUGAUGUCCUGUUCCAAUGGAGUGGUGUGUCUGUGAGUGUGACACACUUUGCUAGCAAUCCAGUGACUACAGCUGAGGCCAUUGACACUAUAGCUCCCAUCACUAGCACCUUGAACCUUGGCCCACAAUAUGGACAAACCUUUCAACAGAGAUUUAGUAAUCUACUCAACUCACUAACAAAUUAAUUAAUGAUUAUAAUUUAUGUUGUAUAAAUAAUUAUUUCCCCUCUAUAUUAUUUUCUAAGGAUUAUAAAUUAUACAUUGUACAGUAAA